CCAGCUCCUAAGCCGCCUCCAUGCUCCUCUCUGACUUCAUUCCGGAGAAUGCAGGGCCACUUGAACAAACUGUUCCUUUGGGCUAUGUUUUCUUCUGCCACAGUUCAGAAGGCCGUACUGGAUUGUGGGACAACAAAAGCAGACGAAUUCCCUUCUCCACUUGUGUACUCACAGACUAACAUGGUCAUGAGAGGUCAAAAUGUGUCUCUGUUUUGUUCCCAUAAGAACAAAUCACUGCAGAUCACCUACUCCUUGUUUCGGCAUGAGAUAUUCUUGGGAACCCAGAAUGGAACAGGUGAACCCACGAUUUUUAAACUCAACAUCUCUGAAGCUGGUGACUUGGGCCCCUACAAAUGCAAAGCCCAAGUUUUAAAAUGUGUGAAAUAUAGUCGUGACUUCAACUUCACCAUUGCUGACCCGGUGACUGCCCCACUGCUGACCAUCUCGAUCACUGCAACAGGGACAGAACGACACGUAACACUACGCUGCUUCUCAGCCCGUGGCUCACUGCCCAUCAAUUACACUUUUUUUGAAAAAAAUGUCCCCAUAUCAUCAGCUAUUUCCAAAAAUGCAAGGGAGCCUGCCGAGCUGAACUUGACCAGGAAGGACACUGAAGAGGAAGAGUACAGGUGUGAAGCUAGAAACGGGCUGCCUGACCUCGCACAGUACAGCCAGCCCGUCUCCAUGGCUGCCACGGGUGGGGACGGCUGUCCUCUCUGCCUGCAGCUACUGCUUCCGGGGCUAUUACUGGGGCUAACGGUGAUAGCCCUAAUCCUGGCUUUUUGGAUACUAUCCAAAUACAAAGCAAGAAAAGCUGUGCGAGGUAACGCCCCCAAGGACUGUGGAGCCACACCCCUGGAAGUUAGAAUAUAUGCAAAUAUCAGCCUAAAUCAAACAGGUAAGAAAGAGAACUUUGGGCUCAGCGCCCACAGCACAGUGGUGGCACAGACAUGUGUGUAA